AUGAAGAACAACAAGUUCUAUCAUGUUGAUGAUCGUUACAAUAGCAAUAGUACACCAACCAUCAAGACAAAUGGUCAGUCACCAGUGAAAUCUUAUCGUGAGCAAAUUCAAGGAAUGUUAGCACGAUGGCAUCAAUUACAAAAAGAAAAACAACAACAACAACAACAACAA